GUCAGGGUUCCGGGUUUCCGGCUUUCCUUAUGUUUUUCUACUCUUUAUUUUGACAGCUGUGUGGACUGCUGCACUGCAGACACAGACAGGAUGUGCAAUAAAACUUAAAACUUUCUACUUAUUGGCGAUUUGCACCUCAGUGUUUGUAACUCAAGUUGAGGUGAUGGUGUCAAUCGUUGAUGUGCCAGCCUGGGUGCGACUGCGAACGAGGAAAUGCUUGUAAAUCACCAUGCUUGUUGCAAUCAUCCAGCAUAGCCCAUGAAAACAAGCACAAAAUGAUGAUCGGCUGUCAUGAAAACCUCAAUACUGAAGAAGAACGCCCCUAUGCCUGUGAGCUCUGUGAAAAACGCUUUACAAAAAUCGGCUAUCUCCGCAGACACAUGCAGAUUCACUCCGGAAACAGGCCCUUCAGUUGCAAAUUCUGCGCUCAGUCGUUCACUCGUAACAGUCACCUACAGCAGCACGAACGAAUCCACACCAACGAGAGGCCUUACGUUUGCGGCUUCUGCGGAGACACUUUCAGACAGCAGUUCAGUUUCAAACAACAUGAACGCCUUCACACUGGUGUUAAGCCGUUUGCCUGCCACUUCUGCGAGAUGAAAUUUCUAAGCAGGAGCGACUUAAUGAAACAUCAGCGCUCUCACACCGGUGAAAAACCUUACGUCUGCGGUGAAUGUGGAAAGGCCUUCUCCCUGAGUGUUCAUCUAACAAUACACCUCAGAACUCACACCGGGGAAAAACCGUUUGCCUGUAGAUUCUGCGGUAAAGCGUUCACCUGCAGCGGUAACCUAUCCCAUCAUGAACGCACCCAUACGGGUGAGAAACCCUUCACCUGUGAUGUAUGCAACAAGACCUUCGCCCAGAACCACAAUCUUAAAGUUCAUCAGAGAGUCCACACAGGAGAGAAACCGUUCGUCUGCAAUCUCUGCGGGAAGGCCUUUGCUGGGAGCGGUGAUUUAAAACGACAUGAGAUUAUACACACUGGGCUGAAACCAUUCGUAUGUGGCGUAUGCGGGAAGGGGUUUUCUAGAUCGAGUCAUCUUACUCAGCAUGGAAAGAGUCGCACUCUGCCAAGAUGUCGAGUCGGGCGUCGAAGCAUUACUCAACCUCCUGCUGCCGAACCAUGAAUAACUCAUUAUUUUGGAACUUAUUGAGUAAUGUUUCCCAUCACUGACCGGCCCCAACCUUAGCAACUGACCCUUAAUCUCUAGGGCAAAUUGACCCAAGGGCAACCUAAAUCCUGUACUACAUGUAUACUCCAGCCUCUAUGGUCACUCAACACCAAACAUAAUAUCGGUAGUUGCGAUAACGUAACCCUCCUCCCGAUAGCAGUUACGUUAUCGCAACUAACAACUUUAGACUAAAGACAGUUAUGCCUAGCCCAGUGAUAAAUUAACAAAUAUUGAUGUCAUUAGCAGUCUCAAAUAAUUUUGUGUUUAGAAUUAUAGAUUAUGUGGUAAAAUUGCUAUUUAUUUGAGGUUUUGGAGGAACAGCUAUACCCUUGAUUUUCCCCUUAGUUAUUAAAAUCAUGGAUCAUAUAAAUGAGUAUUGGAUUGCACAGCAAUUAUUAUUCUGUUUAAAGAAAUCAGAGCGUCAUGUCCAACUCGAUAUGGGCCGAUGAAUUUUUGUUGGGUAUUUAUUUAACAAAUUAAGGGCAUGUAUUAUUAUUAUGAAAAGUUUAUAAUUAUUAUUCCUUCACAAACUUGCCCGGGCCCCCUCCCCAGGACCUUUGAGUUUAACAAAUUUAAUAAUUAGAUUGCCUUUUGUUUGAAGCUGUACAUGCAUGUAAUACUAUAAUUGUUAUUUAUUUGUAUACUCAUUGAAAUUAAAUAUA